AUGACUCAAGACCCCAUUAUUGGUACGAACCAGUCCUUAGAACAAUUAUGGGCUCGAGUUGAGGAAAAAUACAAUCUGACAAGAGAUAAAUCUUGGGUGGAGCGUUCUGCUCGGUCUUUACAAUGUCAAAUGCAAACAUUAGAAAAGGCAGUGAAAAAAUUGAACGGAUGUAUUCGACAGGUGGAAAAUUUGAAUCCAAGUGGUGCAUCAGACCAAGAUAUUAUGAAUCGAGCAAAGAGGAUGCUUUUGGAUGAUCCUAACUACAAGAAAGGGUUUAAGUUUGAUCAUGUGUGGCACAUUGUGAGGAAAUUUGAGAAGUUUAAAGAUAAUGUCAUGACAUCUAGACAAAUUUCUCGAAAGCAUGCAUUUGACUAUUUAUCGUCACAAUCUGAAAAUCCCAUGCCAGAAUCGCAUGCACCGGAAUCUCCUGGACUUUCUCAAUUUUCUCUUAACUUAGAUGAUAGUGUUGGUGGCUCACCUUCUGAACGCCCAAUCGGUUAG